UCAUAAUUGACUCAAUAUCCUGCAAAAAUAAUUGUAUUGUAUUGUGUUCUUACUUACCACGGUUCUUACUUAGAUAUUUAAAUUUAAUGUCUCUCUGGAAAUAUAUAAAAUGAGUACAUAAUGAGACAAUGAGUUAAAGUAACCUUCCAGUCCUUAUAAGCACUUACACAAGUAAUUAACAUCACCAUGGCGAAAGUGCGGGAAAUCCCGUGGCCUGAGGAGUACCAAGAUUUAAAGAGAAUGGAGGAAUUGAUGAUAUGUGGUAUUUGUUAUGAAUACAUGAAUACAUCAGUUAUUACUCCCUGUUCACACAAUUAUUGUUCAGUGUGUAUUAGGAAAUAUCUACACUAUAAGACCCAGUGUCCUGCUUGUUUUCAUGAUUUUUUUGAAAAAGAUUUGUAUAUUAAUCGUGCGAUGGAUGGUCUUAUUAAACAUUACUUGCAAAUAAGAGAAAAAAUUUUAAGCCUCAUUGAAAACAGAGCAGUGUACAAUUCUGUCGAAAAACUAAAACAAGAAGAAGCUCCUGUAAGACCAGUACGAAGCAGUAUGCUUUCAAAGUCACCAAAACCCGUUGUGGAAAGAAAAGAAAUCGUCGAAGAAGUAGCACCAAGUGAACCUAAAACUCCUAAUGCUGUUGACUUUCCAAUGGCCAGCACAUCAAAAUCUAUUGUGUCGAGUCCAACAACUAGAUCACCCAAAGUGCAAAUACCUAGCAUUGCCAAAAUUUUCAACACUGCCAAAAGGAAAGAAACAUCUGCACCUGUUAUGCCAGAUGCUAGUGCAAAAACAGUGCCGUGUCCUGUAUGCAGUGUUAAUAUUUCUGAACAUCACAUUAACGUACAUUUAGAUGCUUGUCUAGGACGUGAAAAUAAUCAAGUAACUGUCAUAAAAAAGCAACCCAAAAGGCUGCCACUUCCAAAACUCGUGCUUCAUGUUAUGAAAGAGACUGAGUUGCGGAAAAAAAUCAAAGAAUUUGGUUUAUCAACGUUAGGUGAUCGCAGAGCCCUUAUAAACCGAUUUACAAGGUAUUCAGUUAUUUAUAAUGCUGAAUGUGACAAAGAUGAUCCCAGACCUGUUGCUGACCUAAUAAGACAGUGUGAAAUGGAAGAGAGGCAGGAAAGGAAGCUGGAUACUUUCUUAGUUGCUAAGAAUACUGAUAAUAGAUUACAAAUUGAAAGAAAUGCACAAGAAGAGAAAAUUGAAGAAGCUCAGAAAAAUUACAGACUUGCAAACAAGUCAAGCUUUGAAAAACUCAUUGAAGAAGUAAAAAAUCGAAGAAAACUAGAAAAGGAGAAAAAAGAAAACGAACAGCAGAACCAGGAAAAUAGUGAAGCUAGUGCAUCAGAGGGAUACGAAAACACCGAUUAUAUUUCAUCAGCUGAUACGGCAUUUCAAGAUUUAGAUUCAGAUAACGAGUGUCCCUUGCAGCUUUAUAGAAGUGACAACACAAUUAAGAGUACUGCUGUAAAUUUAGAUGAUUCUAGUUCGUGUACCAGUGUCCCAGCCAGUCCUGUUAAAAAACAGCAGAGAAUCAAAAGUAGAGGUAGUGCACAAGCAAGGAAAUCAACAGCCAAGCAAAGCAAUACAGAAACCGAAACUAACAAUAUUUAUGAAAUGGAGACGGAUAACUCGUCUGAUGAAAUGUUGCCUAGUCCAAUGAUUAAAAAUAUACAGAACCGCAAAAAAGGCAAACUAUUAGACAAGUUUUUCAGUAAGUCUUUGUCAGUGCCAACUUUUCCAGUAACGAGUAAUGUAGAUGACGAUAAAGUUGUAUUACUUGAACAAGACAUUAAAGAAACUGCAGCAAAGAAGGUUUGCAAUUCUAUUAUACAGGAUUUUAUAUUUGAAAGUGAGGAGAUUGCUACAGGAUUUUCAGAAACAAAUCGAAAAACAAAUUGUGUUCCUAAUCAAUCUAAACCACAAGAAGCUGAUCAAAAAAAGUCUCAGGAAAAAGUUGAAUGUGAAACAGUAAACAAUCAAACUGACAGUUUAAGUAAUACGCCUCCAAGUGAAGGGGACUUUUACGGAUUUUCUGAUUUUUCUAGAAAUAAUCUUCCAAGUCUUCAAACACAAACAAUAGAUGAGAAAAAUUUUUCUGAAAAGGAGAACAAUAUAAAUGGCACGAGUCAACUAUCAGCAAAUGAAAAUAAAAUAUUGCGGCCCGCAAGAAAACGAAUUACUCCAGCACGCUAUACAGAAAAAACGUGUACAAAGCAAACGGCAAGAGUAAUAAAUCAUGUUGGUGUAACUAAUGAACUACAAGAAGAAGAGUAUAUUAAUAGUCAGAAUAGUACUUGUUCUGAAGCGGGUUCGCUCAAAAGACGAAGAGGCAGGCCGAGGAUUAAUUCUUCUGUGGAGCGUUCACUGGAUGAAACACAAAAUCCACCAAAGAAGCCUGUUCGCCGCCGUCAAAUUACGCCUGACACAACUUUGUGUUGAAAGUUUGUAAAUAAAAUUCUCAAAAGAUAGUGCCUAUAAAUAAGAAAUUGAAUUUUUU